AUGGAAGAAUUCCUUUAUUGUUUUGGGGUUAGUUGCAGAAGAAGAAGAAGAAAAGAAAGAUCUAAAACUCCUCUAAUUUAUAGAGCUGUUCCAAGCUGGUUUAUUCGGGUGGAAUUGUUGAAAGAGAAAUUGUUAGAAAACAACAAGGAGACUUACUGGGUUCCUGAUUUUGUAAAGGAAAAAUGCUUUCACAAUUGGCUUGAGAAUGCUAGAGACUGGGCUGUUAGUCGAAGUAGAUUUUGGGGCACUCCUUUGCCAGUGUGGAUCAGUGAUGAUGGUGUGGAAAUCAUUGUGAUGGACUCCAUUAAGACACUUGAAGAGCUCUCCGAUGUUAAGAGUUCAAGUGUUGGUAUUGAAUUUAGUGUUUGUAUGAAAGGUCAAGAGAGGUUGGUGGUGAAGUGCUAA